CAACACAGAAAGUGCCGUUUCACUGGCAGUCCAUUUUUCUUCCCUCCUGUUCAUGCGAGGGGAACGCUUCUGUUCUCUUCGCUCGCCGUCUGUGUUGGCAUCAGCCUUGUCCGUCGGCGUUGGUUGCAGCCUCGUCCGUCGGUGUUGGGCGGAGGAGCACUUGGUGCUGCUGGCUGCUUGGUGUUUUUGUAAUGCACCUUUUUCUCCUUUAGCUGCUUCCAUUGAAGCUUCUACAGAUGACGCUUUCUCUAUGCUCGUGGAAUGUGAACAGACGUAAAAUGUUGUGACAUCCAUACCGAGAACAAGGCAAUUGGGUCUUGAUUUCAAAUCAACCAUGGAGUGCAACAAGGAUGAGGCUCUAAGGGCUAAGGAAAUUGCAGAAAGUAGAAUGCAAAGUGGUGACUUUGUAGGGGCACUGAAGUUUGCUACAAGGGCCCAAAAACUGUUUCCUGAAAUUGAGAACAUCGUUCAUAUCCUUACAGUUUGUGAGGUUCACUGUGCUGCACAGAAGAAGCUUUCCGGAUCUGAAAUGGAUUGGUAUGGAAUUCUUCAGACUGAACAACUGGCAGAUGAAGCAACCAUAAAGAAACAGUUCAGGAAGCUUGCCCUGCUACUUCAUCCUGAUAAAAAUAAGUUUUCAGGUGCAGAGGCUGCAUUCAAGUUGAUUGGAGAAGCAAAUAGGUUGUUAACUGACCCAGAAAAGCGGAGAUUGUAUGACAUGAAGUACAGAGUCUUCAUGAGAACUGCAUCAUCUAAGCCCCCAUAUUAUCAUUCAAAUGGGAGUGUAUUUGCCCAGAAACACGAUGUACAAGCAAGAAAUCAUCACAAUUAUUCACACUCCACAAGUUGGAAUUCCUAUCAGCAGGCUGCUCAACAAACUUUCUGGACAUCUUGUAAUCAUUGUAAAACCAGGUAUGAAUACUACAGAACUGUUUUAAAUGCAACCUUACGCUGUCACCAGUGUUCUAGACCUUUUGUGGCUCAUGAGUUGGGAUUUCAGCCCGGUUCACCUGGAUAUAAGUGGACAACAGACCAAAGAGAAUAUCCAAAUUUUGAAUCCGUGACAAAAUGCACUUAUGGAGUUGAUGGGCACUGUAAAGGUCAAAAGGGUGACAAUGGCAAUGUGGCUGCGGGAAGGGCAAAGGUGGAUGUUAGAAGGUCCAAACCUGCUUCACCCAAACCCAGGGAGUCUUGUUCCUCAACUCAUGUUGGAAGUAAGAGGAAUAGGGAGUCAGUUCCAGAUCCCAGAGAAAGUUGCAAGACUGGGAAUGCUAACAGUGUUAAAAAUUCCAAUGUUCAAGGAAGUGGUGUUGACCCUUCUGGAUCUAAAGCAGAAGCACAGUCUAGGAGAUCUUCCAGGCAAAAGAAGGAUGUUUCUUACUCUGAAACCUCCCAUGAUGAUGAUGAUUUUGAGAGUCCUUCUAAAAGGCGCCGACAAAAUGGAUCAUCUAGCACUGUAGCAAUGGAGGAAAGAGAAGUACCUGCAAGUGGUGGGUUGUCUAAACACAAUCAUUCAGCUAGUUCUGUAGCUGGCCUGGGUAGUGAGAGUGGAGAGAAGAACAAUAAAGCAAGUGGUCUGCCUGAAGAAAUAUUGCUACAGAAGAGAAGCAAAAUUGAGCAAUCUCAUGUGCAUGGAGAGGAGCCAUCCAAGUCAAGUGUUGAUGAGACAAACUCAAAAGCCGAUCAUCAUCCUCCAUUUAAUUCAGAUGUCCCUUCUAUUCCAGAUAUCAUCAACUGUCCUGACCCAGAUUUCAGUGAUUUUGAGAAGGAUAGGGCAGAUAAUUGUUUUGUUAAAGAUCAGUUCUGGGCCAUUUAUGAUCCAAGUGAUAGCAUGCCAAGAUACUAUGCUCGUGUGAAGAAAGUGCUGUCUCCUGGGUUCAAGUUGCUGAUUACCUGGCUGGAGGCUGACCCAGAUGAUGAAGGUGAGAUUGAUUGGCAAAAUGCCGAGUUGCCUGUUGGUUGUGGUAAGUUCAGAUUAGGUGACACUCAAGAAAUUGAAGACCGUGCUAUGUUCUCUCAUCAGAUGCAUAAUAUAAAAGCAAUUGGCAGAAGACGUUAUAUGGUAUAUCCUAGUAAAGGGGAAACAUGGGCAAUAUUUAAAGACUGGGAUAUAAAAUGGAGUUCUAAUCCAGAAAAGCAUUGCAAGUACGAAUAUGAAUAUGUGGAGGUCCUGUCAGAUUUUACUGAGAAUAUUGGCAUUGAAGUUGUGUAUCUUGGCAAAUUGGAAGGCUUUGUUAGUCUCUUUCAGCAAACUGAGCGUAAUGGACUUGGCUUAUUUUUUGUUCCACCUAAUGAGCUCUAUAGGUUCUCACAUCGAGUUCCUUCAUUUAAAAUGGCUGGUGAUGAAAGAGAUGGCGUUCGUUGUGGAUCUUUUGAACUUGAUCCUGCUGGUUUGCCUGUUGAUCUUUUUGGGUUGGGUAAUACCGAUAUGGAUAUGGGAGAUGACGUGUUAGAUGCCGGGGUCAAAAAUUCAGGCCACAAAUCCUCUGAACAAAAGGUGGAAAAUGUGGUUCUUGAUGAGAGUGGUCACGAGACGAAAAUAAAUAAGAGUAGUGAUGUCGAAAGAGCUUCCUCAGUACUUAGAAGAUCGCCAAGGGGGUUGAACAGAAAAGAUAUGAAUAAUGACCGAGUUAAUAGAAGUCAGAAUGUGGCUAGAGAGAAUGGUAGCAAAGACAUGGGCUGCAUGGACUCCAGUCAACCUGAUGGAACUGAUGAGCCUAGUCAUGAGAGGAAGCUGCAUAAGACGGACGAGGUUCAAAAAGCUUCCUUGAAACUUAGAAGAUCACCCAGGGGAUUAAAAAACAGAAGUAUGGAAAAUGGUCAAGUAAAUGAGAGUCAACAUAUGACGAGAGAGGAUCGGAGCAAAUAUCUAGGUUGCAAGGACUUCCGUCAACCUGAGGGAAUUUCUGUUGAAGAUCAGGCUGGCGAGAGGGUCAAAACACUAAAGAAACAUGCAAAAAAUGAUGGUGGAAGAGAAGGUUCAAAUGUGCAGAGAUCACCUAGAGAUUUAAGCAAGAAAAAAGCCCAAGUAGAUGCAAAUCAAUGUAUGACUGGCAAGUUAAGUGGUGAGCAUUCAGAUGCCAACGAAAAGUUGAAGGAUAGCAGAUUUUCUGACUCUUUUGGAGGUGUUUGCAAACCUUCCACUGAAGGUUGCAGAGCUCCAAAAGCAUCACGAAAUAUGAUAAAAUCUGAAGAGAUGUUUCAGCGUGGUCAGAUAUGGGCAUUAUAUGGUGACAAGGAUCGGAUGCCUGAGAUUUAUGCACAAAUUAAGAAGAUUGAUUUUGCCCCGGAUUUCAGAUUGCAUGUCGCCUCCCUUGAACCCUGUUCAAUGCCCAAAGGCAUAACUGGCGUGGUAGCUUGUGGUACCUUUAUGGUUAAAAAUGCUAAAACUCGGGUCGUUUCCAUUUCUACUUUCUCUCAUCAGUUAAGAGUUGAACCCAGGCAAGAUAAUAGAUAUGAAAUUUAUCCAAGGAAAGGUGAGAUAUGGGCGCUAUACAAGAACCAGCAUCGUGGAUCAACUUGUUCAAACCAGGUUAGAGGUGAUUGUCACAUAGUGGAGGUGUUGGAUGAUGAUGAUGAGAGUUCAAAGGUUGUGUUUCUUGUUCGUCAUCACGACUCUAGGCCAAUUUACAAGACUCCUAGAAUUCAGAGAUCUAAAAAUGUUAUCAUUAAUAUACCACGGGUGGAUGCAUAUAGAUUUUCUCACCGGAUUCCUGCUUUUAAGCACACUGGGGAUGGCGAUACUCAUCUCAAAGGAUGUUGGGAGCUGGAUCCUUCAUCAGUUCCUGGUUUUGUAAUAAACUUAGGGUGAAGCAUAGCCUGUCUUCAUAAGUUGUGUUUCUUUCUGUUUUUUUAAGGAUUUGGAACUCAGCAUCUAUGUCAUUGCAAUGUGUAAAAUUUCUUUUCUCACGAAUCAUGAUCGCUAACAUAACAUCCUCAAGUGUAGUAAGCCCUGCCUAUGUCUUGUUUUAAAUUUUGUAAUAUGGCAACUACCAGUUGUCGAGGUUCAGUAAUUCUGAUAAACCAGCUGCUGAGCUUACGAACCUUUUCCAUGCAAAUGUAUUAGGGAAUGGACUACAAGCUUGCAUUUAUGAUGCUGCGAACUAAGAAUAUUAUGGACAGAAUCCUGAAAUGGGAAUGAUAUUCUGUA